AUGAACGCAACCACAACAAACACCGAACCAAAAAUCCUUUAAACCGACUCAAAAUCCACAACCCCAUUUCCCUCUCUCUCUCUCUCUCUUUUUCUUUAUGCGAAAAUUCGAACAGGAUUCUUCGGAACGACUGUCUGGUAAAGCUCUUCCUCGAAUUCCUUCCUCUUCAAUGGAACACAAUCAUUCCGGCAAGAUUGAUAGGAUUCUUGAAGGUUUUUCUCCGGCGUCGGCUCCUCGAAUUCAGUGGAAUUCUCGCCGGAGGUCAGCUAGCGGGAGGAAUUUAUACAAGGAAACUGAAGAUCAGGAUUCUGCUAAUAAAACUUGCGACAAACAGGAAGAAUCUCCUGCCAAUGACAACAUAUCUCAGGACACUGACACAGUUCCCCCCGAGCUCUCGGAGCGUCGAAAGGCUCUGUUUGAGCCCUUAGAACCCGUGAGAAACAUCAAUGGCCGAAGACCAUCAGCUGAAUCCUUACUCCCUCCUCCUGAUUUUGACGAAACCACUUAUCCCCGAGGGUGGCUCAUCGGGAAGAAGCGGAAACUUGUAAAUGUCGACGUUGUCGAGAGCAUGCGGAGGAUUGCUGUUCAGGAAAUGAAUAGAAAGGACCGGGAAAUCGAUGGUUUAAACGAGCAGCUCGAUGAGGAUGCUCGGUGCUUGGAACAUCUUCAAAUUCAGCUUCUGCAAGAAAAGAGCAAAAGAUCAGAAGUUGAAAGAGAGAAUGCAAUGCUGCAUGAUCAAAUAAACAUGCUAAUGAGCAUGCUAGACAAUGAAGGAGCAGAUGGCUCAGAUGAACCAUAAAAAUAAUAUCAUCCCAUCAUAUUUAUACUUAAUUUGUUUGUUUUAUAUUCUUUUUGUAGAUUAUUUGACGUGGGGGAUAGAUAAAAAAAAAAUUCAAUAUAAAUUAUAUAUCCAUGAAUAUACAUGCAUCCUAGUAUUGUAUUGUCAUUAUAUUGGGAUGAAAAAAAAAAAAGUUAACUAGUGGGGGUAUUGGAUAUGAAUUUAAAAUAUGAACUCCAAAUCAACUGAAUUUUUCCAGUUGAAUUAUCUGGUUGAUUUUCUCA